UUCCCCUGUUUCCAAAAUCCUCCCUCUGAUCGGCUGACUUUCCUCUACAUCACUGAAUCUUCCCUUCUCUCUCUAUUCCAUUUCAAAAAUCUCCUUUUCUUUCACUUUCUCUCUCUCCAAACAGCUCCCCCUUCCCCCUUCUCUCCCAUGUGCUCCCUCUUUUGUUUUCCUUUGAGGAAAACUCUCGCAAUAAAUUAACUCCCACCUCCCAUGGCUGCUGCUCUCCAACACCCCACCUAAGCCUUAGCCUUACUCCCAUUCUUCUCUCUCUCUUUACACAGUGACCCAAACAGAGACAUUCAGAGAGAAGAAAUGACCAAAGAAGAGGAUUUUAAGCUACUCCCAUUUCAGACUUGUGUUCUCAGAGUGAACGUUCACUGUGAUGGGUGUAGGCAGAAAGUGAAGAAACUUCUUCAGAGGAUAGAAGGGGUUUAUCAAGUGGUUAUAGAUGCAGAGAAUGAGAAAGUUACAGUUUUAGGAAGUGUGGAUUCUGCAACUUUGAUCAAGAAGCUGGUGAGAGCUGGAAAACAUGCUGAGCUUUGGUCACAAAAACCGAAUCCGAGCCCGAAACCGAAGAACAAAGACGAUAAGCCUCCAAACAAGGGACCGAAACAGCCGAAACUCACCUCAUUCAACUGUGAAGGAGAUGACAUUGAUGACUGUUUUGGUGGGGAGGAUGGAGGAGAGGGUUAUGAAGCUCAGGAGUUUCAGUUCCUCAAGGAGAAAGCAGCACGUCUCGGUCUCCUAAGGCAGCAAGCGAUCGAAGCAAACAACGCCAAGAAAGGCGCUGUCGGGAUUGGCCAAAUUCCCGGGCCUGCCUCGGGAAAUGGCAAGAUGAACAACAACAUCAUCAACAAAUCUGGGAAUGGGAAGAAACUAGAUCCAAAUCAGCUAAUGGGCAUAAAAAGCCCCCAAUCUGGAAUUGAUCCAAAGGCCAUGGCAGCAGCCCUGAGGAUGAACAAUCCUCCACACUUCGGCAACGGCAAUGAUGGCGGUAGCGGAGUCGGAGGAAGUCUCAAUCUCGGGGAAGCGAAAAGAGGGAACAACAGCAGCAACAACAACAAUGACCUGAAUUCGAUGAUGAACAUGGCGGGAUUCAACAACGGCGCAAACCUAUUAAACUUUGCCACUCCGUCCUCCAUUGGUGUCAAUUCAAGAAGCCCAUCUCAAGGAUUUCACCUUCAACAAUCCAGUGGCUAUGGCUAUGGAUACCAGCCAUCUUCAAGCUCAGGCUUCCCCAUGGCUUCUACAGGCCAAUAUCAUCAACAACCAACCUCCAAUUCCAUUAAUGGCUACAACCAAAACCAAAACCAGUAUCAUCAUCAGCAGCCAUUGAUGAACAUGAUAAACAGGCAGGGAAUGAACCAGCAGCCCCAAAUGAUGUACAACAGGGCCCAAUUGAUUCCCCCAAAUACAGGGUAUUACUACAAUUACAAUGCUAGCCCUGUCCAGGCAAACUAUCCCUAUGGCUAUGGUGAGGCAGUGUAUCAGCAGUAUGGGCAUGGGUACAAUAGUAAUAACUCUGCAGCUGAUAUGUUCAGUGAUGAGAACACAAGCAGCAGCUGCUCGAUCAUGUAAGAAGAAAAUAGGACAAAGAUUAUUGUCUGUGUUCAUGUUAAUGUUUUUUGUUGGGGCUGUGAUGUGGGGCUGUGGGGUGUUGAGUUUUUUUUUUUUGUGUUGGGGAUCUCUCUCUUUCUCUCUCUCUUGUUCAGUGUAUUUUGUGGAUUGUUUGUUAAUUCUAAAGACGUGGUGAUCUUUGUGAAAUUUGAGGAUGUUUUGUCUGUUUUGUUUUUUGAAA